CCCCCGCUGCGGUGCGUCGGCGCCGGGGUCUCGCGGUCCCCGGCCCGGCCUUGCUCCCGGGCCUCCUGUAGCAGCUCCGGAGCCGACGCUUCUGUUCACUGCCCGAGGACGCGGGUGGGAGAAGCAGGUGACAGUGGAGAGUGGAAACAGGAGAUAGUGGAUCCUCCUUCAAAAAUGGAGGAUGGAAAGCCCGUUUGGGCGCCACACCCUACAGAUGGAUUUCAGAUGGGCAACAUUGUGGAUAUUGGCCCCGACAGCUUAACAAUUGAACCCUUGAAUCAGAAAGGCAAGACAUUUUUGGCUCUCAUAAACCAAGUGUUUCCUGCAGAAGAGGACAGUAAAAAAGAUGUGGAAGAUAACUGUUCACUAAUGUAUUUAAAUGAAGCCACACUGCUCCAUAAUAUCAAAGUUCGAUAUAGUAAAGACAGAAUUUAUACAUAUGUCGCCAACAUUCUGAUUGCAGUGAAUCCAUACUUUGACAUACCUAAAAUAUAUUCUUCAGAAACAAUAAAGUCAUAUCAAGGAAAAUCUCUUGGGACAAGACCACCUCAUGUCUUUGCAAUUGCUGAUAAAGCUUUUCGAGACAUGAAGGUGCUCAAGAUGAGUCAGUCUAUCAUUGUAUCUGGCGAAUCAGGAGCUGGUAAAACAGAAAAUACAAAAUUUGUUCUAAGAUACCUGACUGAAUCCUACGGAACAGGUCAAGAUAUUGAUGACAGAAUUGUUGAAGCUAACCCACUCCUAGAAGCCUUUGGAAAUGCAAAGACUGUUCGCAACAAUAAUAGCAGUCGAUUUGGGAAAUUUGUAGAAAUACAUUUCAAUGAAAAGAACUCAGUUGUUGGAGGAUUUGUUUCACAUUAUCUCCUAGAGAAAUCUAGAAUCUGUGUUCAAGGCAAAGAGGAAAGAAAUUAUCAUAUCUUUUAUAGGUUGUGUGCUGGUGCUUCUGAAGAUAUUAGAGAAAAACUUCAUUUGAGCUCACCAGAUAAUUUUCGGUAUUUAAACCGAGGCUGCACUAGAUACUUUGCUAACAAAGAAACGGACAAACAGAUUUUACAGAACCGCAAAAGUCCUGAGUACCUUAAGGCAGGUUCUAUGAAAGAUCCUCUAUUAGAUGACCAUGGUGAUUUUAUUAGAAUGUGCACGGCUAUGAAAAAAAUUGGUUUGGAUGAUGAAGAAAAGCUUGAUCUCUUCCGGGUAGUAGCUGGUGUCCUGCACCUUGGAAAUAUUGAUUUUGAGGAAGCUGGCAGCACUUCAGGUGGUUGUAAUCUGAAGAAUAAAUCUGCUCAGUCUUUGGAAUGUUGUGCUGAAUUACUGGGUUUGGACCAAGAUGAUCUUCGAGUAAGUUUGACCACAAGAGUCAUGCUAACAACAGCAGGGGGCACCAAAGGAACAGUUAUAAAGGUACCUCUGAAAGUGGAGCAAGCAAACAACGCUCGUGAUGCCCUGGCAAAGACGGUGUAUAGCCAUCUUUUUGAUCAUGUGGUAAACAGAGUAAAUCAGUGUUUUCCUUUUGAAACAUCAUCUUAUUUUAUUGGAGUCCUAGAUAUUGCUGGUUUUGAGUACUUUGAGCAUAACAGUUAUGAACAAUUUUGCAUCAACUAUUGCAAUGAAAAACUUCAACAAUUUUUUAAUGAAAGGAUUCUGAAGGAGGAACAAGAACUCUAUCAAAAAGAAGGUUUAGGUGUUAAUGAAGUACAUUAUGUGGAUAAUCAGGACUGUAUAGAUUUAAUUGAAGCCAAAUUAGUGGGAAUACUGGAUAUUUUGGAUGAGGAAAAUCGCCUUCCCCAGCCAAGUGAUCAACACUUUACAUCUGCAGUUCACCAAAAGCACAAGGAUCAUUUUCGACUCACUAUUCCCAGAAAAUCUAAGCUGGCAGUUCAUAGAAACAUCAGAGAUGAUGAAGGCUUCAUUAUCAGGCAUUUUGCGGGGGCAGUGUGCUAUGAAACAACCCAGUUUGUGGAGAAAAAUAAUGAUGCUUUACAUAUGUCUCUUGAAUCCUUAAUAUGUGAAUCCAGAGAUAAGUUUAUACGGGAAUUAUUUGAAUCAUCCACAAAUAACAACAAAGAUACUAAACAAAAAGCAGGAAAACUUAGCUUCAUCAGCGUGGGAAACAAGUUUAAGACACAGUUAAAUUUGCUUCUGGAUAAACUUCGAAGUACUGGAGCGAGCUUCAUUCGUUGCAUCAAACCUAACUUAAAGAUGACAAGUCACCACUUUGAAGGUGCUCAAAUUCUGUCUCAGCUUCAGUGUUCAGGGAUGGUGUCUGUUUUGGACUUGAUGCAGGGUGGUUUCCCAUCACGAGCUUCAUUUCAUGAACUCUACAACAUGUACAAAAAGUAUAUGCCAGAUAAACUUGCAAGAUUGGAUCCAAGACUAUUUUGUAAGGCUUUGUUUAAAGCUUUGGGCUUAAAUGAGAAUGACUACAAGUUUGGGUUAACCAAAGUAUUUUUUAGACCUGGCAAGGUAAAUACACAUUUACAUUUUCUCUUACACAUAGUGAAAAACAAAAUAAAAUAUCGAGCUGAAGCCUGCAUUAAAAUGCAAAAAACUAUUCGAAUGUGGCUUUGCAAGAGGAGACACAAACCUCGCAUUGAUGGCCUGGUUAAGGUGGGCACACUGAAAAAACGACUUGAUAAAUUUAAUGAGGUAGUCAGUGUGUUGAAAGAUGGAAAACCGGAGAUGAAUAAACAGAUCAAGGAUCUGGAAAUUUCUAUUGAUGCUUUGAUGGCCAAAAUUAAGUCCACUAUGAUGACACGGGAACAAAUACAGAAAGAAUAUGAUGCACUGGUUAAAAGCUCAGAGCAACUCCUCAGUGCAUUACAGAAAAAAAAACAGCAGGAAGAGGAAGCAGAAAGGCUGAGGCGUAUUCAAGAAGAAAUGGAAAAGGAAAGAAAAAGACGUGAAGAAGAUGAAAAACGUCGAAGAAAGGAAGAGGAGGAAAGGCGGAUGAAACUUGAGAUGGAAGCAAAGAGAAAACAAGAAGAAGAAGAGAGAAAGAAAAGGGAAGAUGAUGAAAAACGUAUUCAAGCUGAAGUGGAGGCACAGCUGGCCCGACAGAAGGAGGAGGAAUCCCAGCAGCAAGCGGUUCUGGAGCAGGAGCGCAGGGACCGGGAGCUGGCCCUGAGGAUUGCCCAGAGUGAAGCCGAGCUCAUCAGUGAUGAGGCCCAGGCCGACCUGGCACUGCGGAGAAAUGAUGGAACAAGACCCAAAAUGACACCGGAACAAAUGGCCAAAGAAAUGUCAGAAUUUUUGAGUAGAGGUCCUGCUGUACAAGCUACCAAAGCAGCUGCUGGUACCAAGAAAUAUGAUCUUAGUAAAUGGAAAUAUGCAGAACUACGUGAUACCAUCAAUACUUCUUGUGAUAUUGAGCUCCUGGCAGCUUGCAGAGAAGAAUUUCAUAGGAGACUAAAGGUGUACCACGCUUGGAAAUCUAAGAACAAGAAGAGAAAUACUGAAACAGAGCAACGUGCUCCAAAGUCUGUUACUGAUUAUGAUUUUGCACCAUUUUUGAACAGUUCACCUCAGCAGAACCCAGCAGCUCAGAUUCCUGCCAGGCAGCAGGAGAUUGAAAUGAACCGACAGCAACGCUUCUUCCGCAUCCCAUUCAUCCGCCCUGCCGACCAGUACAAAGACCCUCAGAAUAAGAAAAAAGGCUGGUGGUAUGCCCAUUUUGAUGGACCAUGGAUUGCCCGGCAAAUGGAACUCCAUCCUGACAAGCCACCCAUCCUACUUGUGGCUGGUAAGGACGACAUGGAGAUGUGUGAGCUGAAUCUUGAGGAGACUGGCCUGACUCGGAAGCGUGGUGCUGAGAUCUUGCCAAGACAGUUUGAAGAAAUCUGGGAACGCUGUGGAGGCAUCCAGUACCUUCAGAAUGCGAUUGAGAGCAGACAGGCUCGGCCCACCUAUGCAACAGCCAUGCUGCAGAAUCUGUUAAAGUAGAUGUUGCACACCAGCCUUACAGCUGGGAACCUUUGCCAUGGUACUUAGGUAGGGUGUGUGCCCCCAGAUUUAACCAUUCCAUAAUCAUGUUAGAGUUACUUCUAUAAAGUGAACAGAUUUUAUUAAUCAUGGCUUUUGGUGAAUUUGUUUAAGGUUAAUUAUGGUAGCAAAUUUUGGACCUAAAAAUUAUUUUUCUGUAUCCCGCUGUAACUCCUAAAACUCUCAUUAUUCUCUAACUAUUACACUUGGGCACAUUCUCAUGUUUCUCAUCCUUUGCCAGAAGACUACCUUAAUCCAUCAUAAUUGUUCUCUAGGAAAAGAGAACUUUUUUCAAUAUUCAAAAUACUUUUUAAGGAUGGCACAGUACCAUAUAACUGGAGUAAUAAAACAUGAGCUUACAGUCUUACAAUAACUAAGCCACUUAAAAUGAUCCAGGCACUAAUGUUUUGGUCUGAAAAGCUGUGUACUUUCGUUAUGGACAUUUUCAGAAAUUUUUGGAAAUUUCCAUUAAAGGUGGAAAAUCUAUUAUUUUCCUCCUUUGCAAUGUGUUAGUUUGAGUGAAACACUUCUAAGUUCUACAAUUCUAGAAAGAGCCUUAAUGUAUUUGAUGUAUUCUGUGAUAAGAGGUACUAAAUAGUAUCCAGCACAGAUUUGCUUUUCUUUGCUAGCAAAAUGUGUGUUGCUGUCAGAAUAUUCUUUUUAUAUUCCAUGGAAAAAUAAAGGAAAUUCAGAUUGUUUAAAUGCCUAAAAGUUUUGAGAUAAGUUUUGUUUCAAUUAGGAAAGGAAAUAGAUUUUAGGUGGCAUAAUGGCUUAACUGGACUGAAUUCAAAUACUCUUUCAAUUUCAUCUCAAUAGCGAUUUUUGUAUAAGAAUCUUGUCCAAGUUGUUCAUUGAUUUAGCAAGUGUUCUGCUUCCUACAUCUUUCUUUUUAAGAAAUUCCUAGUGUCUUUUUUGGCCUUUGAGGUUUUGGUAACUGUAGACCUGUUUCAUAAGCUUUGUAAUUCAGAAGUCCUUGUAUUUAGUAAGUGCUUGUUUUACAUAACUGAUAAUUUUAAAAUGUUUUAUUUGUGUGCUGUUAGUAUUGAUUCAAAUGUCAGCAGCUUUAAGCCUAAUAUUUAUGACUUUCAUAUUAGGAAUUUAAAGACAAAAAUACAUAAAGGAGUUAUGCUGACAUAAUUCUAAGGAGUUUUGUUGUAUUUUAGAAUAAAAUUAUAAAGUAAAAUUAU